AUGUAUGAUCGUUUGAGGAAUAUUAGGAUUGACAAAGCCCCAGAAAUUGAUGAGUAUCAGGCCAUUGACUGCACCACCAUUACCUUGUUGCCUAAAGUAGCUAACCCUGUCACAGUCAAAGACUUUAGGCCUAUUUCGUGCUGCACUAUGCUGUAUAAAUUGAUAUCUGAGGUCAACGCAGCUAGGCUGCAGAAGAUGAUGCAUUACAUUAUUUUAGAAGCUCACGCAGGGUUUAUGCCUGGGAUAAGAAUAGCAGAUAACAUUAUUUUAGCACAUGAGUUUGUAAAAGCAUACAACAUAAAAUACAUUUCCCUCAGGUGUAUGUUGAAAGUGGACAUGAUGAAAUGGGUGUAUAUCUGGAGCAGCAAAAAGGCUAAGGCGGGGAACCUCAUUUCCCCCUUUCUAUUUAUCAUAGCCAUGGAGUACCUUAGUAGGAUGCUAAGUGAAUUAAGGCAUCAGAAUGAAUAUAAGUUCCAUCAAAGGUGGGAAGAGUUGGGCAUCACACAUCUCAACCUUGUUGAUGAUCUAAUGUUAUUUGCAAUGGGUGACAAGGAAUCUGUAAAAGUACUUCACCAAUGCUUCCAGCAAUUCUUAUCUGCCUCAGGCCUACAAGAAAACUUAGCAAAAAGUGCCAUAUGCUUUGGAGGGGUGUCAAUAUCAUAA